CAAAGAGUCACGAUGGUCACCUUAAUAAUGAGAACUUAUGAUACAAGCAUUUACUAAAAAUCGAAAAUGCAACCUAUUUAGUUGAAGAUAUUUGACGUUUCAAAAAACAACGCGAAUUCAGGUAUUUGUUUACCAGUAAAAAUUUAUUUUUAUUUAUGUAAGGAAUAUAAUGCCAAAUUAAAAUGAGUAAAAUAUAUACGGUAGAACCACCAACAUCCGCUAAAGUUUCACUAAAAACAACAGUUGGAGAUAUAGAUAUUGAAUUAUGGACAAAGGAAUGCCCAAAAACAUGUCAAAAUUUUAUGCAAUUAUGCACCGAAGGAUAUUACGAUAAUACCAUAUUUCAUCGUGUUAUUAAAGGUUUUGUAGUACAUGGUGGUGACCCAAAUGGCGAUGGAUCGGGUGGGCAAUCCAUUUAUGGCGAACCAUUUGAAGAUGAAUUUCACAGACGUUUGCGUUAUACGAGGCGCGGGCUAGUCGGUAUGCUCAAUUACGGAAAGAAUGAUAAUGGUUCGCAAUUUUUUUUUACAUUGGCUGCUACACCCGAUUUACAAAAUAAAAAUACACUAUUUGGCAAAGUAACCGAUGAUACAAUAUUUAAUAUGUUAAGACUGGAAGUUGGUGCGUUAGAUCAAAAUAAACGGCCUAUAAAUUUACAAAAAAUUAUACGUACUGAAGUAAUAAGUAACCCAUUUGAUGAGAUUUUACCAAAUGUGUCUAGAGAGGAGGUUGAAAAUAAACAAAUGACGAUAAAACAUGAAAAAAGAGUGGAGUAA